CAACACCCAGCGCCGCCGACUCUCGUCUCGUCAACAACCCCGUCAACUCCCAGGUCCCGCCUUCAAAACCUCAAGAUGACUCACGACAGCGUUUGGUACAGCCGCCCCCGCAAGUACGGCAAGGGCUCCCGCGAGUGCCGUGUCUGCACCCACCGCGCCGGUCUCAUCCGCAAGUACGGUAUGAACAUCUGCCGUCAGUGCUUCCGUGAGAAGUCCACAGACAUCGGUUUCACCAAGGUUCGUUUACCCUCCAUUCGACAAUUCCAAUUACAAUCCCAAUCCCUUUUCGAAUACACAUUACACAAGUCCCCGACCCGAGACUUCGACCGUGGAAUCCAACCAUAUCGCCCUCCACUACACACAAAUCCAUGUCCACACAUGUUCACAAAGGACCAAAACUAA